GUUAGAUUUAACCUAGAUAUAAAUACUGGGUUUAUUGUGCUCCGGAGUCAGUUAAGUUUGAAUCAUAAUCGUUUUUCUGUCACUCACACCAGAUUUGCGAUGAAGUUAUUUAUACUUUGUGUCAGUUUCAUUGCUAUUUCAGUCAUUGAGGCAAACCCUGUUCAACAAUCGAUAUGGUUGUCAAUAAUAAAUUCUGAUCUUGAAGACAAUCAGGUUGAAAAUAUUGGACGACCAGUUUCUUCAGUUUUAUUACCAGGGUUACUUCAAAUUCAAUCACCAGUUUUGCCUCCUGUUCAAUCACCAGUUCAACCGCCAGUCUUACCUCCAGUUCAUCCAAAUGAACCAAAUGAUCUAAACAAAUUAAAUCACAAGCCAGAUCAUCACAAGCCAACUUCUGAAAAACCACAACCUCAUCCUCAUCCUUACCCUCCAAAACCAACUGACUCUCCCCAUCCUCAACCUUCAAGUCAACGACCACCAAAACCAACUGGAUCUUCUCAUCCUUCAAGUCAACGUCCCCCAAAACCAACUGGAUCUCCUCAUCCUUCGAGUGAAAGACCACCAAAACCAACUGGUUCAACAAUCCCCUCUUCAAGUCAACGUCCACCAAAACCAACUGGAUCUCCUCAUCCUUCAAGUGAAAGACCACCAAAACCAACUGGGUCACCAAUCCCU